AAAAAAAAAAUCCAAACAGAAAAAAAAAAAUCCACAGAGCGACGAAUACAUUUCUUUUUGGGUGAAGAAAGAGACUGGGCUGCGGCGUCUGGAGGGUUAACUUUCAGUAUUCCCAGCCUAAAAGGGGUUUGGGGGCUAUGAGAUAAAGAUGCCGGGGUCGCUGAGUAAUGAAGACGAGGGACAGGACGACAUGGAUUUUGAAGACGAUAUGCCAGAUGAGGAUGACGAAGGUGAGCGCAACGCUGUUCCCCUCACGCCCCUGGACAGUUUCUUCUCCGAUGACGACUCCCUCAAACAACAGAAGAAGAAGAAGCCCAAAAAGAUGAAAGAGGGGAAAAUGCCCAAAGUUAAGAAGAGGAAAAAAGAGGGGGGAAUCCAGCCACGGGUGGACAGUGACUUGGAUGAGACCUCGGAGGUAGAGGAAGAACGAGAGCGUCCAGAAUUUGGCUCGGAGAGUGAGAACAGCACCUUCGGUCCCACCAAGAAGAAGAAGAAGAAACCCAAGGAGAAAAAAGAGAAGAAGCCCAGGAAGAAGAAGAGAGAUGAAGAUGAUGAUGACGAUGACGAUGAUGAUGGUAACAUGAAAGAACCCAAGUCAUCCAGCCAGCUGAUGCAGGAGUGGGGUCUUGAAGAUGUUCAGUACGGCUUCACAGAGGACGACUACAAAACCAUCACCAACUACAAGGCUUUCAGCCAGUUCCUCAGGCCUCUCAUUGCCAAGAAGAACCCCAAGAUUCCCAUGUCAAAGAUGAUGACAGUGUUAGGGGCCAAGUGGCGGGAGUUCAGCGCCAACAACCCGUUCAAAGGCGCAUCUGCCACCGCUGUGGCUGCCGCCGUGGCCGCCGCAGUGGAAACGGUUACAGUGGCGCAGCCGACGUCGGUCGGCAGCAGCCAGCUGAGCUCUCCGCUGGGGCCCAUCAAAAAAGCCAAAACCAAAGAGGGAAAGGGACCAGGAGUAAGAAAGAGAAACAAGAAUGUGAAGGAAGUGAAGAAGAAACCCAAGCCGAAGAAGACCAAAUCAAAGUCGGGCCAAAGUGGGAAGAAAAAGAAAGCGUCCUCGAGCGAGGAGGACUUCCUGGAGGAGUCCGACUUUGACGACAUCAGCAUCCACAGUGCCUCUGUGCUUUCUGAUACCUCGGGGGCCGCCACCAAGAAGAAGGCCCGGCGUGGGCGGAAAAAAAGGAAAAAGGAGGAUGGCGAUGGCUACGAGACAGACCAUCAGGACUACUGUGAAGUUUGCCAGCAGGGCGGCGAGAUCAUCCUGUGUGACACCUGUCCCCGAGCCUACCACCUGGUCUGUCUGGACCCGGAGAUGGAAAAGGCCCCCGAGGGGAAAUGGAGCUGUCCGCACUGUGAGAAGGAGGGGAUUCAGUGGGAGGCCAAAGACGAGGAAGAUGAGGAGGAGGAGGCUGCGGGCGAGGAGGAGGAUGACCACAUGGAGUUUUGCAGAGUCUGCAAAGAUGGAGGAGAGCUGCUGUGUUGUGACACCUGCCCUUCGUCCUACCACAUCCACUGCCUCAAUCCGCCUCUUCCCGAGAUACCGAACGGCGAGUGGCUGUGUCCUCGCUGCAUGUGCCCUCCCCUCAAAGGCAAAGUACAAAAGAUCCUGCACUGGACAUGGGGGGAGCCCCCACUGCCGGCCGAGCCUCCCGCAGGCCCCGAUGGGAAGCCGGCCGAUCCGCUGACCAAGCCCCCGCUGAAGGGCCACCCGGAGAGGGAGUUCUUUGUGAAGUGGGCUGGCCUUUCCUACUGGCACUGCUCAUGGGUCAGCGAGCUGCAGUUGGAGCUGUACCACACGGUUAUGUAUCGAAACUACCAGCGUAAGAACGACAUGGACGAGCCUCCGCCGUACGACUAUGGAUCUGGAGAAGAGGAGCUCAACAGUGAAAAAAGGAAGAGCAAAGACCCCCAGUACGCCGUGAUGGAGGAGCGCUUCUACCGCUAUGGCAUUAAGCCCGAGUGGAUGGUGAUCCACCGGAUACUCAACCACAGUUUCGAUAAGGACGGUGACGUUCACUACCUGAUCAAGUGGAGAGACCUUCCCUACGACCAGUGCACCUGGGAAGUGGAUGACUUUGACGUCCCCGAGUACGACGGCCAUAAAGCUUCCUACUGGGACCACAGGGAGCAAAUUUUAGGCGAGGAUCAACGCCCCCUUGUGGUGAGGAAAGGAAAGAAGAUUAAAGAGGACCAUCCAAAGAGGGAGGUUCCCCCUGAUGCUCCCAUAAUUGAUCCGACCAUCAAGUUUGAGCACCAGCCGUGGUACAUUAACGCCACUGGAGGGACGCUGCACCCCUACCAGCUGGAAGGCCUGAACUGGCUGAGGUUCUCGUGGGCUCAGGGUACAGAUACGAUCCUGGCUGACGAGAUGGGCCUGGGAAAGACCGUGCAGACAAUAGUGUUUCUCUAUUCACUAUAUAAAGAGGGUCAUUCUAAGGGGCCUUUUCUCGUGAGUGCACCCCUUUCCACAAUCAUCAACUGGGAGAGGGAGUUUGAGAUGUGGGCUCCAGAUUUCUAUGUGGUGACGUACACUGGAGACAAGGACAGCAGGGCGAUCAUCAGGGACAACGAGUUCACCUUCGAAGACAACGCAGUGAAGUCAGGACGCAAGGUUUUCCGAAUGAAGAAAGACACGCCCAUCAAGUUCCACGUGCUGCUGACAUCUUAUGAGCUGAUCACUAUUGAUCAGGCCAUUCUGGGCUCCAUCACAUGGGCUUGUCUGGUGGUAGAUGAAGCUCACAGACUGAAGAAUAACCAGUCCAAGUUUUUCAGGAUUCUCAACGGGUAUAAGAUCUAUUACAAGCUGCUGCUCACUGGAACUCCGCUUCAGAACAACCUGGAGGAGCUGUUCCACCUGCUUAACUUUCUCACCCCAGAGCGCUUCAAUAACCUGGAAGGAUUCCUGGAGGAGUUUGCUGAUAUCUCUAAAGAGGACCAGAUCAAGAAACUGCACGACUUACUGGGACCUCACAUGCUCAGGAGGCUGAAGGCUGAUGUCUUCAAGAACAUGCCUGCAAAGACAGAGUUGAUUGUCAGAGUGGAGCUCAGUCCCAUGCAGAAAAAAUAUUACAAGUUCAUCCUGACACGAAAUUUUGAAGCUCUGAACUCAAAGGGCGGAGGAAACCAAGUGUCCCUGCUCAACAUCAUGAUGGACUUGAAGAAGUGCUGCAACCACCCCUACCUUUUCCCUGUGGCUGCUGUGGAGGCUCCUGUUUUACCCAACGGUUCCUAUGAUGGUAACCUGUUGGUGAAGUCCUCAGGAAAACUGACUCUGCUUCAGAAGAUGCUCAAGAAGCUCAAAGACGAAGGACACAGAGUUCUCAUAUUUUCUCAGAUGACAAAGAUGCUCGACCUGCUUGAGGAUUUUCUGGAGUUCGAGGGCUAUAAAUAUGAGCGCAUUGAUGGAGGAAUAACGGGAGGCCUGAGGCAGGAGGCCAUUGACCGCUUCAAUGCACCGGGUGCACAGCAGUUUUGCUUCUUGCUCUCAACGCGAGCCGGGGGCCUCGGCAUCAACCUGGCCAGUGCCGACACGGUCAUCAUCUACGACUCCGACUGGAACCCUCACAAUGACAUCCAAGCUUUCAGCAGAGCCCAUCGUAUCGGCCAGAACAAGAAGGUGAUGAUCUAUCGUUUCGUGACGCGCGGCUCGGUGGAGGAGCGGAUCACACAGGUGGCAAAGAGGAAAAUGAUGCUGACCCACCUGGUGGUGCGGCCCGGCCUCGGCUCCAAAACCGGAUCCAUGUCCAAACAGGAACUGGAUGACAUUCUCAAGUUUGGCACCGAGGAGCUUUUCAAGGAUGAGAUGGAAGCAGCGCGGACCAUGGGUGACAACAAGGAUGGCGAGGAGGGCAAUGUGAUCCACUAUGACGACGACGCCAUCUCAAAGCUGUUGGACCGCAGCCAGGACGCCACCGAAGACACCGAGAUUCAGAACAUGAAUGAGUAUCUGAGCUCAUUCAAGGUGGCUCAGUACGUGGUGAAAGAAGAAGAUGGAGAGGAGGAAGUCGAGCGGGAGAUUAUAAAGCAAGAGGAGAACGUGGAUCCAGAUUACUGGGAAAAACUUCUGCGCCAUCAUUACGAGCAGCAGCAGGAGGAUCUGGCCCGAAACCUGGGCAAAGGCAAACGCAUCCGAAAGCAGGUCAACUACAACGACACGACCCAGGAAGACCAAGAGUGGCAGGAUGAUCUUUCAGACAAUCAGUCGGAGUACUCUGUGGGGUCCGAGGACGAGGACGAAGAUUUCGAGGAGCGGCCUGAAGGUGGACGCAGACAAUCCCGUCGGCAGCUGAAAGGCGAGAAAGACAAGCCGUUGCCACCGUUACUGGCCCGUGUUGGAGGGAGCAUUGAGGUGCUGGGGUUCAACGCCCGCCAGAGGAAAGCCUUCCUGAACGCCAUCAUGCGUUGGGGCAUGCCUCCGCAGGACGCUUUCAACUCUCACUGGCUGGUUCGGGACCUGAGAGGGAAAAGUGAGCGUGAGUUCAGGGCCUACGUGUCUCUGUUCAUGAGGCAUUUAUGUGAGCCGGGGGCAGAUGGAGCGGAGACCUUUGCAGAUGGCGUCCCCCGUGAGGGACUGUCUCGUCAGCAUGUUCUCACCAGGAUCGGAGUCAUGUCCCUUGUCAGGAAAAAGGUGCAAGAGUUUGAGCAUGUGAACGGGAAGCUGAGUUCUCCGGAUCUGAUUCCCAUCGGGCUGGAGCUGAAGAAGCUGACUGAGAGCUUAUCGUCUGAUCCCAACACGCCCGUUCCAGCCAGCCCCGUGGCCACGCAGCCGGGCACCCCCGUCCCAUCAGAGAAGACUGAGCCUUUCUCGGUUACUGCUGAAGACAAGGAAACCACAGAGCAAGACAGCAAGAAGCUAUUAGAGCAAGAAUCCUCGGGCGCGGAGCCGGCGUGCGCACCUGAAAAGGCGGCUGACAGUGAAGAGAGCAAGGCCAGCUCAGAGGAGAAAACAGGAGAUGAGAGGAGGAGAGCCGAGUCGCCCUCCACAAAGACCGAGCCAUCUGCCGUCCCAAAAGAGGCCGCUUUCAAACAGGCAGAGCCGCCAUCCACUCAUCCCUCGCCCAAGAUGGAGACAUGUAAAGAAACAGAGAAGCCCUCAGAAAAAGGAGACACCGAUUCUCCUCUGGCAAAAUUGGAAGACAAGGAAAAUAAGCCAGAAGAUGUGAAGAAUGACGAAGCGUUGGAGGGUCGAUUAAAUGGCGACAAAGACACUUUGGAUGAGAUGGAUGAGAGCAGAAAGGAGGACAAAAACGGAUACAAGACCAAGUUCAUGUUUAACAUUGCCGACGGAGGAUUCACAGAGUUGCAUACCCUCUGGCAGACUGAGGAGCGAGCGGCGCUGUCCUCUGGAAAAAUGCACGACAUCUGGCAUCGUCGCCAUGACUACUGGCUGCUCGCCGGCAUUGUAACACAUGGCUAUGCUCGAUGGCAGGACAUCCAGAACGACCCACGCUACGCCAUACUGAAUGAGCCCUUCAAGACUGAGAUACACAAGGGCAACUACUUAGAGAUGAAGAACAAGUUCCUGGCUCGCCGCUUUAAGUUGUUAGAGCAGGCUCUGGUGAUUGAGGAGCAGCUGCGCCGGGCAGCUUACCUGAAUAUGACCCAGGACCCCAGUCACCCGGCUAUGGCUCUCAACACACGCUUUGCCGAGGUGGAGUGCCUGGCGGAGUCCCACCAGCACCUGUCCAAAGAGUCCCUGGGUGGGAACAAGCCCGCUAACGCUGUACUGCACAAAGUGCUGAACCAACUGGAGGAGCUGUUGAGUGACAUGAAGGCAGAUGUGACACGGCUGCCCAACAUGCUGUCCCGGAUCCCGCCGGUGUCCGCCCGCCUGCAGAUGUCUGAGAGGAGCAUCCUGAGCCGGCUCACCAGCCGAGGCAGCGAACCCCCGCCGCAGCAGCCUUUCGGUCAGGGUGGGUUUGGCUGCUCCCAGAUGUACGGCAGCACGUUCGGGGGAGGAUUCAGAGGACCCGGUGGACAGCCCAUGGUCAACUACAGUCAGAUGCCCCUUGGACCUUACGUCAGCGUUUCUUCGAACGGGCCACCACCCCCUACAAGCCAUUUGGACAAGAAGUCACUUGACUCGCUGAGAGACGUGGCGACGCCUGAUCUGAAGUCAGGCAAACCGAGCGACGUCAUCUGCAUCGAGGACUGAACCAGCUCUGUGGGACGGUUCCGUUAUGGAUGGCUGCUGUGCUUCUCUUUCUCCACAUCCUCCUCUGUUUCCUGCUCCUUCCUGACUCGAUAAAAUCAAGCUCUCUGCUGUCUGUGGAUAAGGCAAUUUCAUUUUUGAUUAAUACAGACGUCUCUAUCUUAUCAAUUGCACUUUUAUCUUUUAAGGAUACUAUAGACGUAUUUCAGCAUUUGUUUUUAAACACCUUCUACGG